AUGGCUUCUACCGAUGAAAAUGUCGGAAACAAAUUGGUCUUUUGUCAUUUUAUGAUGGGCAUCGUCAGCAACCGCGAAAACGCCUCGGACUAUGACGAUGACAUGAAACGUGCCAAAGACGCAGGUAUUGACGCCUUUGCAUUGAAUAUUGGCACCGACUCUUACGGCGACACCCAACUGUACUAUGCAUAUGAAUCUGCCGCCAACAAUGACAUGAAAGUAUUCAUCUCCUUCGACUUCAACUGGUGGCAGGCCAGCCAGGCCAGCGAAGUCGGCGCCAAGAUCGCGCAAUAUGCGAGUCAUCCUGCGCAGCUCAUGGUCGACGGAAAGGUCUUUGUGUCGUCAUUUUCGGGCGACGGCGUCGAUGUUGAUGCGAUCAGAUCCGCUGCUGGCAGCGAGAUUUUCUUUGCACCGAAUUUCCAACCCGGUCAGAGCGAUUUCGAUAAGAUCGAUGGUGCUCUGAAUUGGAUGGGUUGGGACAAUGAUGGAAAUAACAAGGCUCCGACUGCUGAGCAGUUGGUUACUGUUUCAGAUAGUGAUAAGACUUACGAGGAUGCUCUUCAAGGGAAAGCAUACAUUGCGCCCGUCUCGCCUUGGUUCUCAACUCAUUAUGGCCCCGAGGUCUCUUACAGCAAGAACUGGGUGUUCCCUUCCGACCUCCUCUGGUAUGACCGAUGGAGAGAGAUCCUACGUCUUAGCCCUCGCUUUGUGGAGAUCAUCACCUGGAAUGACUAUGGCGAGUCACACUAUAUCGGCCCGCUAUCGUCACCACACACAGACGACGGUGCCUCGAAGUGGGCGAUGGAUAUGCCCCACAACGGCUGGCUCGAUAUGGCAAAGCCCUUCAUCGCUGCCUACAAAGCAGAGUCGAGACUUCCCAUCAGAUUUAUAGAGGAAGAAAAGCUAGUUUACUGGUACCGACCAACUAUGAAGAGCGUCGACUGCGAUGAAACCGACAAUACAAUGCAAGGCAGCGACAACAACGCCACCGGCAACUUCUUCCGCGGCCGUCCGGACGGCGCCCACACAAUGAAAGACGAGGUGUUUGUCGUGACGAUGCUAAAGAUGCCCGCGAUGGUGAAGGUGCAGUCUGGUGAUAAGACUGAGACCUGGAUCGCGCCUCCGGGGAUCUGGUCACACUCGGUGCCGAUGGGCGUGGGCGCGCAGAGUUUCAAGGUCACCCGCGGCUUCCGGACGGUUCAGGCUUUGUCCGGGACGAGCUUGAAGGAUGUUGUUGAUACGUGCGUCUGCGGUAUCUACAACUUCAAUGCUUACGUGGGCACUCUUCCGGCGGAGGAGACUAUUGACCAGUUGCAGCCGGCUGGGUUGAGUAUGCUGACGGAAGGAUUGAUGGUGACGCCCCAGAUUAACACUCUGGGUCAAUAG